AGUCUAUUUCUCACAUUGGUAUUGGAUGUAGUUUCGCGCGCGUUCACUUGCAUAUGUGACAACAAAAACAAUCGUUGUGUUUUUUCUUUGAAUUAUAAAUGAAGAUAAAAGGAAGAUCUGAGAAGGAGAAUAAAUCUAUGAAAUUGAUUUAUUUCAAGACAUAUUUCCAGAUCUCCUAAUGAAAAAUGAAGUUAUCUUAGUUCCCGCAUCGAUAAAAUGUCUCUGGUGAAUUACUCGACGCCCUUCCAAGUUACCCCCAAUCCCCCCGCGACAAACUAUUAUCAAUCUUUCCAACAGUAUCAACAACCCCCACAAGGUUACUCGUAUCCCCAACCGCAGAAACCCUUUUUGGAGGAAGAGUUUCCUACUAAUCCUUUUCGUCAGCCGACGCGUCCUAAAGGCGCGUCAAAUCAAAUCCCCCAGGUACCCAAUAAUCCACUACCCAAUCGACCGCCUACGUAUACAAAAGUGGGGGAUUUUAAUACGAAAACCAGCAUACAUCCUAUUAUUGAUUACGAUUAUGUGGAAGAAGAACCCAUACAUGUACCAGUUACACCUAUUCAGGGACCGAUUUUUAUUAAAAACGGAAGGGUUCCCGUGGUGCCGUUGUAUUCACAUCCGGUUUUACAUAAUGGUACUUUCGUCCAAAUUCCUAUUUUAUGGACAGCUUUAUCAGUAGUUUUAGGUCUAGAAUUAAGGGGUGAAUACAUCCGAGGAGUUCCUUGUAUUAAACGUAAUCAACAAUUGUACUGUCCUACAGCAGGAAAUUCAUAUCCUCUAGAUCGUAUAGAAUUAUUUAUAGACGAAAAUAAAGCUUUAAUGAAGCGUAUGUAUGGUGAAUUCGACAUGCCGGAUUACGAGGGCAAAUCCAAUCCGGGUUACAAAAAAAAACGAUCGACCAAAUCUGGCGAAUCAGAUUUUCAUUUAGAUCCAGGACCCGAUCCCGUCAAAGAAGACGAAAACCUCUCAAGCAAAAGUCGAACACCAAGACAAAACUUUAGAAAUAAUCAAAGUUCGGAAAGUGGAAGGAUAGAUUCCUGUGAGAGUAAAAUCGAAAUAGUGACGCCGUAUUGGGCGUCAAAUUCCGCUGGUAAAAUCCGUGCUAUUGUGAAUACUCAACAUUUCGAACAAGCCAUUCAUCAAGAAGUUUGCGCGAGAAGCACUACGAAAAGAUGUUCGAACGACUGUGGCUGUGAACAGAAAUACAAAUGGCACAGAUUACUAGCUUACGAUCCGGAUAACGAUUGUAAAGGGAUUUUUAUGGAUUGGUUUUUGUUUCCGUCCUGUUGCGUUUGUAGAUGUACCCCGUAAACUCCAAAAUAUUGAAAAAAUUCUAUUAGAAAAAUGAUUAUUUUGCAAUUGAUCUACAAAUCUUUAUUUUUUGGGGUUUAAUUACUAAAUAACAGAUUAGAAUCCACGAAUUACUUGUAUAUAUGAACAUUAUGGGACUUUUUCCAUUGAACUUUCUUUAUUUCUCAAACAAUGAAAAUUUAACUAAUCGGUGUAAAAAAUUCUGAUCAACACUGCUUGUUCCAACUGUUUUGCUUGAAUUUAGUACUGAAAUAGUUUUCGAUGAACUAUUAUGAGUUUAUUUUUCAGUUGAUUAUAAUAAAUCAUUGACUACUUUAAAUUGUUUAUAUAUAUAUAUAUAUAUAUAUAUAUAUAUAUAUAUAUAUAUAUAUAUAUAUAUAUAUAUAUUUGAAUAAACUAUUACAUGAAUCUCAGUAUUUUCAUUUCAAGUGAUACAAAAAUUAACAAAAAACACUAAAAAUAUGAAAAAAAAGCUUAUUAAAUAACUGUUUUACUCAAUUUUCGUAAUCUUAUUCUCUUCAAAUUAUCUAAAGUUUUAAUUUCCUUUUAUACAGGAAUGACUGUGUUCCACCUAAAUUUUCCUAUUCUUCAACUUCUUCUUAAUAAUUUUUAAAUUUACAUCAUAAUAAUAUCGAAACAGAAGUCCAUAUUCAUCGAUAUAUAAGAUGUUUAUAAAUAUAUAAACUUACCUUAAAUUUUUUAUAAAAAAUAACCAAAAAGUUUUUAAAAAAACACUAAACAUAAAAUAAAAACUUAAAAGAUUUUGUAAAUACAAAAAUCACGGGUGAGAAAUAAAAGAAAAACCACCAAAAUCGAACUGAAAUUGUGAACAAAACGUUAGGAAGAAGCAGCGGUGUUCAGAACAUAACCUCAGAAAGCAAAACAUUUUUCUAUGUAUUGAGUACCCGAUGGUUAGUUGGUGUAGUUCUCCCUAAUACACUUUAUUAUGUCAGUAUUUAAAGAACGCACUUCAAGGCAACUCACAUCAAUUAAAAUAA